AUGGUCGAAAACAAUUUCCGGAAAGACUACGCCUUCUUCAACAAAACGGUGUUCACCGAACACGGUGUUCCUCUGCCGUGCUCAGAUGACGAGCGGAUAUACUUCUACAACGAGAAUGCCAAGUUCCAUACUUCGAUAGGAACCGGCGAGUUGGACAAUACGCUCAAAUACGCCUCUCCCACAGGCAGGUUGUUCCUCACAUCGUACCGAAUAGUGUAUCGGCCGGCGGAUGUUAGCGAAUAUUUCAGCAGUUUUCACUGUGGAUUGAACGUGAUUAUUUGUGUGUUUGAUGAUCAUUUUCAGUUCAACAUAGAGGACUCGUUUCUUUCCAACGUUUUUAUUUCCUUCAACGACACUCACAAGCAGAUGUUCUACAGUCUUUUGAAGGAUAUGUUGUCUACGGGAGUGAUUGGGAGAGAACAUGAUGAAAAUAUCGCCGACUUACCGUACUACUGUGACAUCGAAGACAAUAACUAUUGAUGAAACGGUAAUGCACAAGUCAUGUAUAGGUUGAGAGCACGCAUUUGCGUGCUCUGUUGUAGAAUGUGGAGUUUUCUGCGUUCAGGUGCACUCACAGUGAUUCUUAUCAUGUUACUGCUCAGCAUACGGUGUUCCACAAAUAAAAGCCUUAAUUGUUAUGUUAUUGGUAACUUUUCAGUAUCACAGCGAUUACCAAAC